AUGCCUUUCCAUACAGGGAUCUCCGCCCUACUGGUGUGUCUUGUGUUACUCCCACAGGUCCACGCCUUCGGUGCUGGCAACAUUGCCUCUAUUUCUGCAGUCGAAGGCAAGAACUGGCGCCAUGGUGAUAUCGAGGAUGUGCUCAAAACGAUCGCAUGUAUCGCGGGGCACAAAUGGACAUCAACCAUGAUCAAGCGUGUUUAUUUUGGCAACUGGCUUCGCGAUUAUUCACAGGCGAUGGAUGUCGGGACCCUGAAAAAUCUCCAAGCCGAAACGAUCCGCAUCUUAGUGUGGGUCCUCUCGUUCCUGAGCUUCGGUUAUGCGACUGGAGAAUUCGAGGUUACAUCCGAGCGACUUGGGGUUUAUCGUCCUGAGGAGCAUAUCGAUAACCCUAAGGAUUAUGCCGAUAAUGAAGAUGCGCGCCAGUACGACGAGCGCUUGCGAGGGCCGAUUCGCCAGGUGGAAUUGGAUAUUGAUAUGGAGACUGGUAUGAAGAACUAUAUCGCGAAUGAGAAGGGAGAUUGGGCUACUAGCUCUGCCUAUAUCAAGUAUAGCUUGAGUCGCAGCAUCCACUACGGACGCAUGUAUACCCAUGGUGGGGAGCGCAAGCAUAAUGAAGAGGAUCUGUGUGAGGCGCUGCGGUGUCUUGGACAGGGCCUUCACACGCUUGAGGAUUUCGCGGCGCAUACUAACUACUGUGAGCUAGCAUUGCGGGAGAUGGGCUUCCAGAAUGUCUUUCCACAUACUGGGACGGCUACCCAGAUUAAUGUCCGUGGGCAUAAUAUCUUCCCACUGGUGACUGGCACUUUUGGUAUGGUCGAUUUCUUCCACUCUGUCUUGGGUGAGGCUACCGAUCAUUUCACCCAGUCGGAGGUUAACGAGAUGGACAUCGCGCUGGGUGAUGCUGAGAACAACUCCCAUUCAAACAACUCCCUCAAUGCUCUUACUGGGUUACUGGGCAAGAUUCCAGGAACGAGAGAUCUGGUCCACGAGGCCGAGGAUUUGAGAAAGCUUUCUGAUGAGCAGGAGAUGACCAACCGCUCCCGAGGCUCGCAUAUGGGCUAUGCUCAAACUCGCGGUAUGGAAGAACAAUCUCGCGCAGACGGCCCAUCGCCCAAGCCCGGUCUCCAGGGCAUGCCCGAUUUCAACGCGCAAGAAACCGUCAAGAAGAUCUAUCCAAUUCUCGCCUUCCGAGACAAGGUUGUCCGGAAGCUGAACUCAAUCAUCGAAAAGGUCCCAGGCCUAGAAGCGAUCAUCGACAAGAUCACCGAAACACUAACCGUCUUCAUCAUGUCAUUGCUUGCACCAUUUAUUCGUCCUCUCAUCAACGCUGCCUCCAAGUCUCUGCAAACAGGUUCCUCCGGUGUGGUUGCCGCCUCCGGCAAACACCAGUAUGAGCCGUGGACCGAUCCCCACUGCACGGAUCCCACUCACUCGCUCCUCUCCAAGGACCACUUCGCCAACAUUCUCAACGAGCCGGCAGGCCAGGUCGCCUCCGCCAUUGUGAAGUACGUUGCCCCCCGCAUCCUCUACGCCUGGCAGCAUAUCGACGUCCCAGAACACGAAGUGUUGAACGAUUGCAUGAGAAUCUUCCACCACCCCGCCUUCAGAGACAUGAACAACGAAGCCCACCGCACCAUGUUCGAAGCUGUGCAGAGCUGGGUCCACUCCCGUCCAGACCGCGGUGCCGACCUAAACGACGUUCUCGGUUCCGAAGGUGUCAGAGCAGGCCGUAACACUGGUGGUGUCCCUCACACACAUGGCGGCAGUGGUGGAUUUGCUGCGCUUGGUUCCCAAGGUCAUGGACAUGGAUAUGGACAGAACCAGGGCCAGGGUCAUUCUUCCGGUGGACUUGGUGGGUUCUCUUCGUUUUUCUCGCAGCAGCAGUCGGGCUCGCAGUCAAGCUCGCAGCAGUCUCAUGGCUCGGGUUUGCCUUGGGAUAAGCUUUCUCAUCUGCCUAUUCCCGGUAUGUCCAAUCUGAAUAAGCUGGAGAGUACUAUUUCCAAUUUCAUUCCUGGCGGGUUUUCUCAUGGCUCGAGGGAUUUGGAUCAUCAGGCGGGGAAUGGCACGUCGCAGGAACAGCAAUACCAUGGACAAAAUUCUGAUGGCCGGUCCGGAUAUCAUGGCGGGUACUGA